AUGGGUCUCCAAUCCUCCAUAAACGAGAAUACCGAGUCGAUACAGGGCAGCGACGAUGUCAACAUGGGGUACACCACGGAGAUUGGUGGGAACACCACCAAAGCAACGUACCAAGACGCAUCGGGGGCACCCGUCGAGGUCCAUUCACCGCUGGGGUAUUCGGUCGGCUGGGUCACUGUCGUUUUCUUGAAUUUGAGCAAGAUGAUCGGGACAGGAGUCUUCUCGACGCCAUCGACCGUCCUCAAAGGUGCUGGCUCCGUCGGUCUCACGUUGUUCUACUGGGUGAUUGGAUAUUUGAUGGCGGCCAGCUCUUUGUCCGUUUACAUGGAGUUUGCGGCUUGUUUCCCCAGUCGAUCUGGUUCGGAGGUCGUGUACUUGGAGCAGUCGUAUCCUCGACCGAAGUACUUCUUUCCGACUGUCUUUGCAAUGCAGACUGUGCUUUUCUCGUUCAGUAGCAGUAAUGCUGUUGUGUUGGCGCAAUAUCUUUUCAAACUUGCGGACUCGGACUAUACUAAUUGGGAAGUAAAGGGAGUGGCAGUGGCUUGUUAUAGCGUUGCAGUUCUGGUUCUGGCAUUCAAUACUAGAUGGUCCCUCAGAGUGGCGAAUGCCAUUGGGCUGGUCAAGCUGGUAACGCUGAUUUUCAUCGCAAUAACUGGUUUGGUGGUCCUCGGUGGCCACACCUCGGUCAAAAACCCUACAGCAAACUUCAAGAACGCAUUCGAAGGCACCGAUACAGCGACAGCAUAUGGAGCAACAAAUGCUUUAACCAAAGUCUGGUUCUCAUUCGCGGGCUACGAGAAUGCGUUCAAUGUCGUCAACGAAGUCAGAAACCCUACCAAAACCUUGAAAUGGAGUGCGCCACUUUCUUUGGGUGUCACAGCAGCUCUAUAUUUGCUGGCGAACAUUGCCUAUUUCAGUGCUGCAAGCAAGGAGGAGAUCAUUGAGUCCAAGGUCGUCGCCGCCGGUCUAUUUUUCGAAAAGGUAUUUGGGACUGGUGGUGCUGCCUCAGCAUUGAAUUUUCUCAUCUGUCUGAGCGCAUUUGGGAAUCUACUCGCAGUCCUCAUUGGUCAGUCUCGUAUGCUGAGAGAGUGUGGGAGACAAGGAGUCCUACCCUUCACUUCAUUCUGGACUUCGACAAGACCUUUCGGUACACCACUCGGCCCAUAUCUGGUGAAAUGGGGAUUAACAGUGUUGAUGAUUAUUGCGCCACCGGCUGGUGAUGCCUUCAACUUCGUUGUGGAUCUCGCGGUCUACGCAAUGUCCUUCUUCGGCUCGUUGCUGACCAUAGGAUUGGUGAUCACGCGGAUUCGUCGCGCACGUCUCAAUAUCCCAGCGCCAGAGUACCAGGCGUGGCACAUCACAGUUGCCUUUGCGAUUCUCUCUAACCUGUACAUGGUGGUGAUGCCGUGGUAUCCACCGACCGAGGGAGCUCAUGGAGGGGAUGUAAGUUUCUGGUAUGCGACAUAUUGCGCCGUCGCUCUCGGCAUUAUCGGUCUGUGUGGAGUUUACUACUUCGUUUGGAUCAAGCUUCUGCCGAGAAUACAGGGAUUCAAGUGGGAGCAGACUAUCUUGAAGCUGGACGAUGGUGCUACGGCUCAUCGGCUUGUCAGAGUGUCGGAUAGGGAUUCCUGA